GACUGUGUGUGAAAGAAUUUGUGUGUGGUGUGUUCUGGAGUUUGGGAAUGUGUUCUGUGUUAUUUUUUGUUUGAGCAGUCACAUGACUCCACGGGCAGAUUUGCUUGAUGAGAUAAAACCCCCUGGGAAGAUUAAGUAUGUGGCAGCAGCGUCAGGUGCUUUGCUCCCCGUGAUUGGUGUUGGAAAUGCCAAGGUUAAGGGAGCUAAUGGGGAGCUUGUGGGGCUUGGGAAUGUUCUGCUGGCUUCAUCAAGGAGUGGAGAGGCCGAUUGGGAGACAUGGCAUGAGAGGCUGUGUCAUGUGAACUUCCCUAUGCUACAGAAGUUGGUGAAGGAUGGGAGCCUGAAGGGCUUGGAGGUGAAAGGGGGAGUGAAGGAGAUUGGGAGCUGCCCUACAUGCUUGGAGACCAAGUUCUCCAAGUUCUUGUGAUGAUAGAUCUUGAGAAGAUCUUUCCGACGCAACAAGAAUCGCUUCAAUCGGAGCAAGAACGUGAAAGCUAUGAAGAUUCAAAGUUCAUGAGCUUGCGUUACAAUUGCGGCGGUUACAAAGUGAAGUUGUGGGGUAACUUUAUAUGGAGUUGGGACCUUUGGGGUUGGGGAAAUUCGUCACUCUACUGUAGCAGCUGCAAAAUUGGUUGGGAACCACCAAGCUAGGUUGGCAAGGGUGGUCAACUUGGUUGGAUUGGUUGGGAAAGGACAAAUGUCAAAGUUGGGGUUCCUAUAGGGAGGGAAUCUUUAUUGAGUUAAGUUCUCCUCCUACAGCUUAUCCCCUAAUGCGUCGAAAGCCAUAACGUCGCGAAUACUUCAUCAAUCAACAUGAUUCAAAUUGGGAACGGUAGCUGAGAUUAAGAGCUACAACAUAUCCAAGUUUCGCGACAUUCCAAC